CCUCCCAUCCAUGAAGUCACCAGGACCUUCACGGGUGGAGGUGGUAUUUCCCCAGCGUGUUCCUCCCACAGCGUGGCCCUUGGGUUUUGCUUCUCCUGACCAGCUCUUGAGUCUGUCUCUGGCAUUUCUAGCUCUUCAAAGCAGCAGCAGAGUACCAUAGUAAUAAUGCCAGCUUCAGUUGCUCUGAAAUUCUUAAAAGCCCUGGAAAUGAGAAAACUCUUUGUUUGUUUACUUUCUCUCUGGGGUGAGGCGUGAGCUGCAGGGAAGGCACUGAAGCUGCCUGCAAGUGCUGGGUCAGGACACUUGAAACUCUGCCUUUAAACAAUAGGAAGUUUGCAGGGACGGAUAGCUGAAAUUCCAAGUUCCUGUUUUCUAGGUAAUUGGCAGUUAGAUUUUGUUCAGGCCGUGUAUUUUUUUUGUGGUGUAUUCUCAGUUACUGUUGAGAACCUUAAUGUUGUUAUUGGAUAAACUUCAUACUGGUGAAGGAAAUACUAUUAAAGUACUGUAGAUUCUGCAAAGACUGCUUUGUAGUAACAGAAAACAUUGUGUGCUCUGAGUUUGAAACCCAACAAAAGAAGUUUAAACACAAGCUAACUAAACAAAGCAUAGGUGGAAACAAAAACCCUCAGAGGCAUAAAUCCAUUGCAGUCAGUUUGCUGUAAAUACGCGCAUGGUUCAUCUGUGUUGUUUCCCAGCAUGAAUAUUAAUUUGGUUUUGGAGCCUUUAGGGACAGCGUAGAAAAAGGUCUCAUUGUGCACGACACAAACUGUAUAGGUGUAAAGCAAAGGAUGACAUUAUCCUGUGAUCCUAUGACUCCUUGCUCCAAAGAAUUACAGUGACUGAAUAUAUGUGUCAGAGAGAACAAAAACUUCUGAGCACAGGCUCAUUUUUAAUUAACUAUGUUCACUUACAGAUGGAGGUUACUAGUACAUACCUGUAAAUUGUUGCAAUUUUUUUUUUUUUUGGUAACAGUUACUGGACGAGAUGUAAUUUUUUUGGUUUGUUACUCCCUUCAGUUUGCUUUCUCGUAGGCUAAAGACUUGUCAGUUGCCGUUUUCAGAAAAAAACCUAACAGCACAGGCCAUUUCUGCAAAGGUAGCACAACUCUGCUGGCUAGAGUUUUUCCUGCAUUUUCCUAUUUUUCCUGCAAUUGCUGGAAAAAGUCCUGCAUUUUUAGGGUAAUUUAAAUCUAAGGAGUAGCUCUCACAAACACUGCUGCCAGCAAAAACCCAACCUGUGCUUUUGGGUCAAUGCCCUUUGUCCCCUCCCCACUUGUUAUCCAAACAGCAAUCUUUAAUGUUUGUAUACAAACACCUACAUGCUUUGCGAUAAUAUUUAAAAUGUUAAAACAUUUAAAAUAUUUGUUUCUACAGGUUUUUAUUCAUAAUCCUCAUGCCCGUGGCCAGAGAACAAGCACAAACCGUGUGGUGCAAAGUACCCAAGAUUCUGACAUUUCUCUUCUCAACAUUAAUCAAGGGAUCACUUGUCUAACUUCAGGAGCGCUGAAUCCUCAACUUGGUUAUGAUUCUCUUCUGGUUGGGACACAGACUAAUUUGUUGGCUUAUGAUGUGCAUAACAACUCAGAUUUGUUUUACAGAGAGGUUUCAGAUGGAGCGAAUGCAAUAGUUCUUGGAACUCUAGGAGAUAUUUCAUCUCCGCUUGCUAUUAUUGGUGGAAACUGUGCCCUGCAGGGCUUUGAUUAUGAAGGAAAUGACCUUUUUUGGACGGUUACUGGAGACAACGUUCGCUCAUUAGCACUGUGUGACUUUGAUGGUGAUGGCAAAACUGAGCUUCUUGUUGGCUCUGAAGAUUUUGACAUCCGGGUAUUUAAAGAAGACGAGAUAGUGGCAGAAAUGUCAGAAACAGAGACUAUCACGGCACUUAGCCCCAUGUAUGGCAGUCGAUUUGGCUAUGCUCUUUCUAAUGGAACAGUAGGAGUUUACGACAAGACAGCCCGCUACUGGAGGAUUAAGUCUAAGAACCAUGCAAUGAGCAUACAUGCUUUUGACUUGAACUCUGAUGGAGUAUGCGAGUUGAUCACUGGCUGGUCCAAUGGGAAGGUUGAUGCACGCAGUGACCGAACUGGGGAGGUAAUCUUUAAGGACAACUUUGCUUCCUCAGUUGCAGGACUGGUGGAGGGAGAUUACAGAAUGGAUGGAAACACCCAGUUAAUCUGUUGUUCAGUUGAUGGUGAAGUGCGGGGCUAUCUGCCAGGAGGCCAAGAGAUGAAAGGAAAUCUAAUGGAUGCAAGUGCUGAGCAGGACUUGAUCCGAGAACUUAGUCAAAAGAAGCAAAAUUUGCUGCUGGAAUUACGAAACUAUGAGGAAAAUGCAAAGGCUGAACUGAACACUCAGUUGAAGGAAGCUGAUGGGCAGAGAGGUGUAAUUCCAGCAAAUACCCAACUCCAGACUGCCCUGUCAGUUAAUCUGGGCUCUGACAGUCAGUCUGCUCAUGUGGAGCUGUGCAUUUCCACAACGAAUGACACAAUCAUCCGCGCCGUGCUGAUCUUUGCUGAAGGCAUAUUUGAAGGAGAGAGCCAUGUGGUACACCCCAGUCUCCAGCACCUCUCAGGCUGUGUUCGUGUUCCCCUCACUCCACCCAAAGAUGUCCCUGUGGAUUUGCACAUCAAAGCCUUUGUGGGUUACAGGAACAGCACGCAGUUCCAUGUGUUUGAGUUGACAAGGCAGCUUCCCCGCUUUUCAAUGUAUGCCCUGAGCAGCCCAGACUCAGCUGCAGAGCCCCUAAGCUAUGUUAACUGUACAACAAACGAGAGGGCACAACGGAUUGUUAUGUGGCUGAAUCAGAGCUUCCUGCUACCAGAGGAUGCAGAGCUUCAGAGUGGACCCUUUCAGGUUUGCUUCACUUCCCUUCGUAACGCAGGUCAGCUCUGCAUCAGAAUCAAGCCUGGCGGGGAGAUUUCUAUCAGCACGGAUGAUAUUGAUUUAGCUGGUGACAUUAUCCAGUCAAUGGCCUCCUUUCUGGCAAUUGAAGAUUUACAGGUGGAAGCAGAUUUCCCUGCCUACUUUGAGGAGCUGCGGAAAGUGUUGGUCAAGGUGGAUGAACGCCAUGCAGUGAAUCAGAGGCUCACUGCCGACAUGGCUGAACACUCCAACCUCAUCCGCAGCAUGCUAAUUCAAGCUGAAGAUGCACGACUCCUGGGAGACAUGAAAAACAUGAAGAAACGGUACAUCGAGCUGUAUGAUCUUAACAGAGAUUUAAUUAAUCGGUACAAAAUUCGUUGCAACAAUCACACUGAGCUGUUGAAUAACCUGAAAGCUGUGAAUCAGGCAAUCCAGAGAGCGGGGCGGUUACGUGUUGGCAAACCUAAAACACAAGUCAUCACUGCUUGUCGGGAUGCAAUAAGAAGCAACAACUUUAACAUGCUGUUCAGGAUAAUGCGUGUGGGGACAGCCUCUUCUUAAAAUGACCAGAAGACUUAGCAAUUGCAUGGAAGCAGUGCUUUCAUGCAGUAGGGAGCGCCUACGAGCACCCAUAACAACUAAGGCAUUGCAGUACUUUUCCAGCAUGUAAUCUUUGGGUGGUGGAGAAGACAACAAGAGGAAUGGGAUGUGUAGCAACAUGUAAUGGACCAAUAAUGACAAGCAGUUAAUUCAAUCUGCGACUCCAUUGUAGGGUGAAGUAAUUGGCAAGGUAGCAUUUUAGUAAAGCUAUCAGGCAAGAAAUAUCAUUACACAGGCCAAAGGACAGGAAGCUUCUUGAAAAAAGCAUCAGAGUUUAAGUGCAGAUAUGAUAUUUAUGUGAGACUGAGGUUAUAACCUUAGAGCAGUUAUUUUUCUUACAGUAACUUAUUUAUGUAAUAUAAUGCAUUUUGUAGUUAAAGCAUUAGUCUUUUCCAUUAAAGCAUAGAAUGGCCAGA